CGUUCGCAAAUAUUAGUAUAAUUUUAAAAAACAACUAGUCGGGAUUACCACAGUGUCGUCAGUGUCUGCAAAGCAGAAUACUUACAGAUUUCACUGUUCGAUCAGUAACACCUGAGCUUUAUUUAAAAGUUUGUAGCUAUAGUUUCAGCCUAGUUCAAAAAUACAGCAUGUUCAAGUUAGUUCCCAGGCAGUACAGCAGACUCUCCUCUCUGUCAAGUGCUCAGCCAUUCUAUGUCGCCGCCAGAACACUGAAGAGCUCGAGCAAAACAACCUGUGUUGGACCCUUGGUAGUCCCUGAGCAAGACCCCAAUGGCCACCAAUUUGAGCAGGAUGAUAAACAAUUCACGGAGCUCUAUCGAGAUUUUUUGAAACCAGCCAGUUUCUAUAACGCGUGCGGGAGAUAUGGUAUCGAUUAUUUUACGGGAGUCCCCGAUUCCUUACUGAAAGACUUCUGUGCAUACGUAACGGAGAAUACACCUAUCGAACGGCACACCAUUGCUGCAAAUGAGGGUAGUGCUGUUGCCCUGGCAUCUGGUUAUCACUUAGCCACAGGCAAGACCCCGAUGGUUUAUCUGCAGAAUUCCGGACUCGGUAACAUUGUAAACCCACUGCUGUCACUUGCGGCACCUGAAGUGUACAGUAUCCCGAUGUGUAUUCUAAUCGGUUGGCGAGGCGAACCGGGAAAAAAAGAUGAGCCUCAGCAUAUUGUACAAGGUGAUGCAACUCCAGCAUUGCUUCAAUCUCUUGGCAUACCCUUCCAGGUUUUGCCCGACUAUCUGGAUGGUGCCGAAAAGGUUCUUGCAACAGCUCAUGCGUACAUGGAGGCGAAACAAGCGCCUUAUGCUAUUUUGGUGAGGCGUCGCACUUUCGACACAUACAAGAUUCCAGCUGAGAAGAAUAUGUUUGAACACACACGUGAAAGUGCCAUACAAAUGGUUAUAGACAGUCUGGAUAACAGCGAUUGUGUUGUAGGCACUACCGGUAUGCUUUCACGGGAACUUUUUGAGUAUCGCGUAAAGAAGAACCAUGGCCAUGCUCGUGACUUCCUAACCGUCGGCUCCAUGGGUCAUGCCUCAUCAAUCGCGUUCGGGAUUGCAAAUGCUAAGCCUGAUCGCCCUGUAAGUAGAAAAUGCGCAACUAUUUUAUUGCAGAUUCCACUUACUCCUCAAGUCAAAAGGAAGCUUGCUGGAGCCAUAAUUUGCGUGGUAGAAUUGUUGUAUAGCAUCGAUGUAUUCGUGUUCUCAUAACGAUUGUUUUCUGCUUAAACUAAGGUUUAUUGCCUGGACGGGGAUGGUGCCAUGAUGAUGCAUAUGGGCUCUAUGGCCACCAUCGGCCAUGCACAACCUCGCAACCUAAAACACGUGGUUAUUAACAAUGGCGCACACGACUCGGUUGGCGGACAGCCAACCCAAGCACUAGCAGGCCACUAUUCUAUACCUACAAUCGCUAAAGGCUGUGGAUACACACACGCUGCUACCGCCGAAAGCAGCGAAGAAAUCAUCAGAGAAUUGGCCACUCUGCGGAAGUCUGAGGGGCCUGCCCUGCUAGAGAUCCGUGUAGGAUGUGGUUCUAGGAAAGAUCUGGGACGACCGACCCGGACGCCCGUACAGAACAAACAAGACUUCAUGAGUUUCUUGCAAAGUUAAGCCGGCUCGUUCUUCCUCCCUCUAGAAAAUUAAGAUUACAAGGAGAUCAAAUAUCACAGACAACUCCUACAUAAGAACAAUUUGUAUAUAGAUAAUAAUAAUAAACAACCGACUUGAAC